AUGGGUGCCACCCCAUUCCAUCGUUCCAUCCUCAAGGUCCGGUUGCCAAAGCACUUUGACAGACCAACAGACAUAAGGUAUGACGGAACCCAAGACCCACAGGAGCACCUCACGACCUUCGAGGCCAGGAUGAACCUGGAGGGAGUAGGAGACGAAGUAAGAUGCCGCACCUUCCCGGUCACCCUAGCAGGGCCUGCAAUACGGUGGUCCAACAGCCUCCCACAGGGCUCGGUGGCCGGCUUCUCGGAUAUUAGCCAUGCCUUCCUAGCACAAUUCACCACCAGAAUCGCGAAGGCAAAACACCCGAUCAAUUUGCUCGGUAUGACUCAGAGGACCGGCGAGCCGACCAGGAAGUAUCUAGACCGAUUCAAUGAUGAGUGCUUGGAGAUCGAGGGGUUAACUGAUUCGGUGGCUAGCCUCUGUCUGACGAACGGGCUCCUUAACAAGGACUUUAGAAAGCACCUCACCACAAAGCUGGUCUGGACGAUGCAAGAGAUCCAAACUAUAGCCAGGGAAUACAUUAACGAUGAGAAAGUCAGUGAUGUUAUGGCUGUCAACAAGUGGUAG